AUGGAUUCCAUCAAGGGAAAGGUAAUUUUUGUGCUCGGCGCCCCUGGAGCAGGAAAGGGAACGCUCACCAAAAAGCUCGCCCGAAAGUAUGGAUUUGAGCAUCUCUCCAUAGGAGAUCUUUUACGAGAAAUUGUGGCAUCGCCAAAUGCAGAUGACACAGUUGUCGGGUAUGUUCGACGCGGAGAGCUCUUGACUACGGAGAUGCUCUUCCCGAUCUUGGAGCCGCACGUGAAUGCAGGCGGCAUCACUAUCUUGGAUGGUUUCCCUCGAUGCCUUGACCAAGCAAAGGCAUUUGAAGCACAACAUCCUACAGUUGUUCUGUUCUUCGACUGCCCCAGAGACAAGGCCGAGGUUCGAGUGCUCCACAGAAAGCAAGGCCGCGAAGGAGAUAACCUCGAGACGUUUAGAAAGAGAUAUGCCGAGUUUCAAGAAUUGAACCCUUCUCUACUUGCUCACUACGAGCAGGCCGGAAAGCUCAUCACAAUUGAUACCAGCGGUAGGUCCAAUAGUUCCUAUGGAAAGCUGCUGGAUGCUUUGGAAGUUAGUCGGGAAUGGGCAUCCCUGACUGAGGAGUAA